GCGUAACGCAGCGUUCCAGCCAGCAGCAGUAGCAGUAGCAAGCGAACAAACGCCACCAGCAAACGCUGUAAACAGCGCUCACACAGCGCACUCGCCUCUCCGCACCUCGUCCAGUGCUACGGCUCCUUUCGGCCCCAUCCCUGCCGUUUCAGUCGCCGCUGUUAGCUGCCCCUGUGGCCAAUGCUGCCACCUUCGCAACUAUCAGUACUACCAUCACCCUGAGUACCGCAGCCGUUGUCAGCAGCAGCAGCAAAGCGAUCUACUCCUCCGCCAUCAACUGCAGCUAGUCUUGCUCAACGCUCACAGCCCGUUACAGACAGACUCUGCUGGCACGGGCGAGUACAGCCGCUGACGUCCACGGCUCACAGACAGGCCCACCAGGAGUCCAAACAGUCGAAGUAACAACCACUGGCUGGCUGGACCAGUCACUCACUCGCAAACCGCGCUAGUUUCUCGUCGCGGUCGGAACGUUGGCUCGCUCGACUCGCCAGCAGCUUGGCUUAUAGUGCUCACAGCCAGCACGGAGGGAGUGCUCGAACGAGCAACUUGUCGUUGGCGACUAGUGGUCUCGAACUGAGCGCCGGUCAUGUAUGGACUGGUUACGGAGCGCUCGAGCAUUUGACGCUUGCGUUGGUUUCAAUCGAGUCUGCAUUCACUGGUUGUGGUUGAACAAGCGAACGGAGAAGGCUAGUAAACGAUGCCGGUUUGCAGUUAUCACUACCUCGCUGUCAAACGCUUAGUGAGCGUAUGCUAUUAGCCAAAGAUCGCCCUGUGCCGCCCGUUCGAACUAGACAACAGCAAAAUCAACAAUAGUGAAAACAUACAUUAUCGUAUCUAUCGAUAGCGACGACAAAAGUCACUCAGUGAAAGCGAUAGUUGUUGUUGUUAAACACAGAGGAGGCUCAUAGCAGAUAUCAUCAGCUUGCGUCGGGGCAUCCCUGUAGCUCCACCAAACCGUGCGCGCGAAACAUCCGAGCGGGAAAUAGCCGCUGUGUUCGCGCACAGCAGCCCCAGGACUUACUAUAGAACAAGCGCGAGCAGAAGCAAUCAAGCGACGACGUCAACAUCGGCGCGACUACGCCGCGUCGCGGAAAGGCGCGAGGGGCAACCAGAAAAGAAAACGCCGGCGGCAGCGGCGGCGACGACAGAAGUCGAAGACAGAAAAAAGCAUUUUGCCCCUUCCCUUUUUCCGUUGGCCGAUCGCCAGCCAGUGCUGCCAGCCACCGCCGCUGCUGCCAAACACUCCUCCACUAAUACAACGGCAACAGGCAGCAGGGGUCUUCGCGCUGAACCCCUCAGAUUGGCCGUCAAUCGCCGGAAUGAACGUGUCUUAGCGAACUUGUCGGGCGCAAGACGUGAGACGGCAAUAUUCCAGCGUUCCCGCAUGCUGGCGCUAGAAGCAAAAGGCUCUAGUGGACGAAACAUUGGGCCAAGACGUUGGCAGGUCAUCGCAGUCGUUCAAAUCGCUAGAAUCUGUCACUGGUCCACUUCAGUCCUUUUUUUUUUACCUGUAUCUACCUAUAAGUCUGCAUAUGUCAGUGCUUUGUGAGGCGGCGCCAACGACAAACACAGCAGCAUCGUAAGGGCUAGGCAAGCGUAACGCUGGUGCUCGCAAAGCAGGAAACUCUCUUGCUGUUUUAGUUCGCGAACGGCGAGAACAAUCGCGGCAAAGUUUUCACUGUCGCUGGCGAGUUUGUUCCGCUCAGCUCCUGCUGUGGUUGCUGUAGCUUUCCCGUCCUAGAUGCUGUGUUGAUUUCGCUUUUUGUUUGUUAAGAAAAAGCGAAUAAAGGUCGAUAAGUGGUAAAAUCGUUAUGACCAGUUAAGUUUUUCAUCGCUGUUCGUGCUGUGACAGUUGCUAACGUUGUUGAACUUGACGGAUAAAACAAAACAUCUACCGGCGGUUCGAUCGAAUAGCUACAGCCUCGUACUGAUUCAACUAAAAGUGACACGUCAAGAUACGAGAAACGCGACUUAAUGACAAGAUCGCGCAAAGCAGAAUCAGCACGCUAAGUGUGCAAACCCAUGGGAUCUUCGGAAGCGAAUUCGCCAACCAGGUGUACGGGUGUCUGUGCUCAGCGUUCUAUGUGCGUGAAACGUAUUUGAAUGACCCAGGAAUUGUUUGUGGUUGAUUAUAAAACAGAGGCCAGAAGAAGAGGCCUGUCGCGAAACGCGAAGUGCGCGAACAUUUGCCCUAAAAUCACUUGUGCAACGUGCAGUUUAUUCACUUCUUGGUUCAUUAUCAUCUUGUUAGUGACUUUUUCGUGGUCACCUCUUCGACUAUCGCCUCGUCGUCAACAUCCCCUUCUGUAUAUCCCCCGUUAUCCCCAGUAACUUCAGGUAGUGGUCAGCACCCUUCGCAACAGCACGUGUUGGAUAUGCAGCUAGAGAUGGCAGCUGCUGCCGCAAUGUCCGGGGGUGCUUCCCUUAUCCCCUUGCCCAUUCCGUCUCCUCCAAACUCGUCGUCAUCGACAGCACAUAUCGACCUGCCGAGUCAGAUGCCCCCAGCAUUCAAAAUGGCCGGUCUAACCUGGUCCGAUCAGGAGACCUAUGAGCUGAUCAAGAUCUGGGCCGCCGACCGCGACAUGCUUGAUGGAACCUCGAGGAACAACAAAGUAUACGAAUCAAUGGCAGCACAAAUGAGAACGCUGGGGUAUAUGCGGACGGCAUUGCAGGUUAAGGAGAAGAUGAAAAGACUUCGCAAAGAAUACAAAUAUGGAAAACGAUCGAAGAAGAUCGCAACAUAUCACGAGGCCCUGUCCUCGGUCCUGUCCGGUGGACCGUUCAAACCGUGUGAAAUCCCAUUAAGCAAUCACCCCAACCCGCCGAUGAGGAUUGACAACGACCGCGAAAGUCUACCAGGAUCCGAGGACUACCCGAAUUCAGAUCAUGAUGACGGAGAGCCGGCUGGAAACGGCGCCCAAUCUGGGACAACUGCAGAUAUUAAAUUGCUCGAGCUGAACAACAACAGCGGCUCCGAAGCCGAUCGCAAUUGUACGACACUGAGUUCGGAGAUCUAUCGUACGGCGGCCGCACUGAGCCUGCUUAGCAGUCAAGCGGAAUUCCAAAAACAGCAGCUACAGCAGACGCAAGCGCAGGCCGUCGCACAGCUUCCGCCGAUCAUCAGUGCAGACGAUACCAUGACAAACCUCACACGGAACGUCGGCAUCGGGGCAGCCACAUUGCCCCUUACGGCGCCCUUGGCCACACUGCAGCCACAAGGCCUCAAAAGGAAAUUCACUUCCAGCUUGAACAACAACAUCAUCAGUAAUAACAACACCUGCGUUAAUAAUAAUAACAAUACAAGCACCGUCGGUGAAUCCCGGGCAGCCAGCGACACCGUUGUUACAGCUUUAGCGCAGAACAUCAUGGACUCAAUCAAUCGUGGAGUGAGUAAGUUCAUGGAGUUGGAAGAGCGCCGAAUGACAAUGGAACUUGAAAUGAUUGAGCGAAUGCGAAAGGAGGACCUCGAGCGACAGGAGAGACUUCGACGCGAAGAAAUGCACCAUGAAGUUCGUCUGAUGACACUUAUCGCAGGGCUUUUUCAACAGACUGCUAAAACGGGCGAAACCCCUGCCAACCUAGGCAGCCUACUGAAGGAACUUCAGGCUUCGGUCGACCAUCGAAGUGGAGGUGGACCGAUGGCGCCACUUCAUUCGGAGAGUUAUAGUGACGAAGACUCGGACGACGAUGAUGACUCCGUCCUCGGUAAGAAGAUGCGGAUCGACGAAAGUGUCAAGACAGAGUAAAAACAAACAGUGCUGCAUGAAAGGUGCCUCUGUGUGGUACGCCACCAGCAGACGCUCCGGAGAGAUCAUAUUGAAAACGAGCGGAUGGCACCCCGUUGGCGUCCUUCAAUUAGGUGCCUGUGCGAUAUGUGUUUUACUGAUGUCAACUGGGAAACGAAGACUUAAAUCUUAGGACAAGGCCAUAGAAACAGAAACAUAAAGCAAUGCCACAGUGGCCUACCUAAUCAUCUUAGCGGUUUCACGCGAAAUGCUUGUUAUCGCGUUUCUACUUUACCAACGCGCAGGUACUACUGUCCUAUUAGCCACUAUCCUAUUAUUUUGAUGACUAUUUAUCACCAACUUAUCAGAUUCGAUGUUAAUUUCGUCUAGCCGAGAGGCUGGGAUGCAUCCGCUGACUCACAGGAAACUCUGUAAUUCAUGUCAUGUAAAACGUGUUUUUUAGUGUACUGGCAUGUAACCCACUCUCUAGACACGUUGAUCACCGCUGUGCCUAGCUCGUUAACCACUAACGUGCUAAACGCGUUAAGGCUGGGAAGAGAGCUCGUUCAAGAAUCUACAUUUAUUAAGCUAUUGCCUAUCCAAAACAAGCGUUAAUCCCACUUAGUUUAUAUACUGACAUCGUUCGAGUACUGACUUAUUACACGUUUUGUGUGAAUCCACUUAUAUCAUCCGAGAAGGACCAACACGUAAAACCUGAGGAACACGUGGUAACAGAACGUAAAAGCAAAUACAAGCAGGUAUAUACCACAUACCUGUAUAAUGUACAUAAGAGCCUAUGCGCCGGUGUUAACCAAGGUCCAAUAGUUGUUGAGUUGUAUUUCUUCAAGCUUAAGCCACUCCAUUGAGACACCGUAGGUCAGUCUCCCUAAAUGUCUUAUAUCAUUAGCCUUGCAUAGCACGAAGUGGUUCUGACAAUAUGAUAAAAAAAAAGCUUCCCAGGGGGCUGCUAUCACUGGGGGGCGCCACACAAGAGAGGGAAACAUCGGACUUACGCAGCGAUUCGUUAUAGAAAUAAAGAAGUGCGCGAAUCUGUUGUUUUUGGCGUUGACUGCACCACUAGUCCCGUUUGUACAAAUCGUGUAAAUAAGUGAUUACAUAUAUCCAUACAUACUAUGAUCAUGAUUAGAGUACUGCUGAUUUGUACCAUUACCAAUAUCGUUAUUAAGCAUACUAUUACUAUAAUUCCUACAUGAAUUACAGUGACAGAAUACGAAACGAUUGAUACUGACCACAAUAAUUGACAUUGAUGCGCAUUCUCAUCUGCUAAAUAAUCUCUUAAGCCUUUCCAUUUAUGCUCCCUACCGUAAUACGCUAAAUUAACCCCAAGAGGCUAGCAACUUAUUGGGGUAACUACUGAAACUAUUGCAGCAAUUUAGGAUUUCGGUAGCUGUCUCAGCUCAGCACCUUCGCCCCCCCGCGUGUCUACACGAAGCAGUACUUUGGUACUACUAACAAUGACGAUAAUACCGAUAAGGCCAUUCGAAUAACUGGCGAUAAUAGCAGAAUUUCUCAUUUCGCAGCAGGUACGCCCCGUUCAUUCGUAGUCGACAGCAAUAAACAAGCAUCAACGAAGACAAACAAAGGGCAAAUCAAACAAGUGAUCGAAUUAAAAAUACGAGACGCCACAUCGGACAGUUGGGCGCCAAGGGCAAAACGCAGAAAUCCCAAGGGAAUCGUUUCUACUCGCUCUGUCUUUGCCUUUUGAAACUUUUACACUUUUCGAUCGCAGCCGACGAUUUUGAAGGAAACCAAAAAGACAAUGUAAAUCUCUAACUUUCAUGCCCAGUUAAGGUCAUCGCCAAACGUAUAUAGCCGGUAGGAGAGCGUAACGUUUAGCAGCAACAGAGAGAGGAUGUCCAUUGGAACAAGCGAAUGAUAAUUAUACGUAUUAGGGGGGUAUCAAUGGUUUUACCUAGUUGAGUAUAGAUAUCGGAGGAUAUCUAGGCCCAGUCGUGUGCAAUUUACACCCACCAUUUUCUGACUAGAAUAUAAUCAACAAACGCUAUAGAUACUACUAGAACACCACGAUAUACGAGCAGAACGGUUCUAGAGAGGCGACGACUACCCUGUUCGAAUUCUAUAACUGCUAGUAAUGCAUGAUUUAUACUUUUGCAAUAACUCGACCAUGCACAGUGUGCACAGCCUACCGCCUGUGUAUAGCGAGCAGACGAGGAUGUUUAUGUACUAUGCGAUUUUUUCAUUAAUCGGCAGACUAUUACGUUGCAUAUUAGCUGAUUCUCUAUCAGACCGCCUGUGCUCAGUAUAUAUAUGCUCGGGUGGAAAAUACAGCCGGCUGCGGAUCGCAGAAAAGCAAUAUCACUGUAGGGAGCAGUAGUAUGAAUGAAGAUGUACUACGUCGAUUUGUGGCACCUUGUCAAUCGAAUGAAUCCCGGUGUUUAACUCCUAUGAUACACACAUAGCUAAACUGCACGCUGUGAAUGUCUCGUGCCUUGAUGGAUAUCUGGAGUGACGUUUUUCGGAGUGAAGAAAAACACAGUGCGAGAUGCGAUCAUCCAGGAAGUCGCUAUAGCUCUCAGCAACAAGCUUCAGCAUGCAAUCCAAUCUAUCUUCAAUGUUCACUUAGGUCAGUGAAAAUAGAAUACACUACUAUUCGAUAGAGAGAUUUGCCAUUUCCUAUUUACAUUUUCGAUUAAAUAGUGCAAAGUGCCCUAUUUGAAAUCAGUCGUCUUGUUAUCGACUCAGUCUAGACAAUCCAAGAUUUGGUACUGCCACGGUCUCGCCGUGUUCGAAAAACUCUGAAAAACAGGACUCUUGACAUCAAUUGCUGGUCAACAAACAACCCUGAGCCGACGAUGCAAUACCAACCCUUUAUCUAUUACCCCCAGUUCCCCAGCUACCCAUCUAUACCUAAUUAUCGAUAACAAAUAACCAAUAAUGAUAUUUCAGUGUUAAUUUAUCACUUCCUAUUGGUCAGUGUAUAAAAUCGGCUAAAAUGUAGCGGGAGUUCGCCAUUGUAGCCGGCGUCCGGUCGAACCUUGCAACGAAGCACCUGCAAAGGUGGCCAUCAUCGAAAUCCGCUUACACGCGUUUGUCGUAGGUUCGAUUUAUAGAUGCCUGACAGAUGUGCGAGACGCACGCGUUGCAUGCUCGUGCAACUAACAUGCAUGCACCGUUUGGUAGUGGCAUAGCCGAGGCGGCAUCAUGAACGAGCCAAAAUGAGCGAGACGUUUUGCCGUUUCUUUGUCCACAAUCGUAUACGAUCACUGCAUGUCUGACACGCUACAUCCGUAAUGCUACUCUAAAUCCAUAAUAUAAUAGAACGACAAUUCCGCGUAAAAUGCCGAGAGUAAGAGUCUGCAUGCUUCAAUAGUGGACUCUCUGCACGUUGUCCCGUAAACGUGCGCCGGUAGUAAUUUUUUUCGAUUUGUAUCUCUACUACGUAGCAGAACUUAGCGCGUUCGCCAGUUCUGCAUAUCUGCUUGAUAUCGCAUAGAAAUAAUUAAGCUGCAAACGAAAUAUCGUGCACAAUAUGAUGCUGUGUGAACCUCAUAUGAAGCCAAAUCUUUACUCAUAAUACCAGAUCGAAUAUUUGAUAAGGCGUAUUUCAUGAUCAUAAUUAGAGGUUAGUUGUUACAUUGUACUUCUUAUGGGGUGAAACUGAUCAUGUGGGCACUUCGUAUGUAUGUAUGUUUAACGGCCAGUUACGUCGAGUGGAUUCGCUUCUCGAGAACAACAAUUAAUUGGCUAUAAUUUUUUACCCAUUUUUUUUUGUUGAACUCAAUUCGAAAGGAAUGAUCUUGGUGCAACAGUCAUUAACUAGUGUAUUAUUAUAAGUAGAUAAAAUUAGCGAAAGUAAUGUAGAAUGACAACUUAAUAAUUAUCUAUAUCUAUGUCAGUUCAACGUCGGUGAGUGGUCCAUCGUGAGUGAGCAGAACAGAGAGUCAAUGUGUAAAUUUUUUCGGUUUUUUUAUAUAUAUAUAUAUAUA